AUGAGGCCCGGUGCGAUCAAGCAGAGGGAUGUAGCCCCCGUACAGACGUUUGCCAGGGCUGCAGCCAAAUGCUCGGCAGAGGCACGCACCUACGGUCAGUGCGUGACAGCCAACUACGAAAACAUCGAGCGCAACAUGUGCCAAAAGGAGUUUCUCGCCUUCAAAACUUGCGUGCAGCAAAAGCUCGGUCGUAAAUGGUAA